CUGGCCACGUCGCCUUGACGACCAAACCAAGUAGCCUUUGAUGUCUCCUUUCAUAGUGAACUGCCACGUUAAACUACGAACAAUCAGAGGUAAAUACAGGAAAGGUGGAGCAGUUGAUAACAGAAACUAGAUGAACUAGAACUCGCGAACGCCCACGUUUAAAUUUAGAUUUAAAAGCUUAAAACUUCCAAGCUCGAAAAUUGUUAAGUUUCGCCAUCAUCAAAUCCCCAAACACAACGAUGGUCAAGCGUUACAAGGCGUCCCGCUCGCUGACGGCCAGCGAUGGUGGAAGCGGAAAUGGCAGCUACAAGGAUUCGGACCAGGUCUAUUGUGUGCUUCUCCACGUGGUCGAAGCGAUCAACUUUGUGAGCCGCGAUGGCAGCGAGCGGGAGCAGAUAGUGAUGAACGCCGCCCUGAACACGGUGGACUUUGAGGUGGAGGGCACCCAGUCGGCCGAGACCAUCAUUUUCAACAGCAACUGCAUUUGGGAGUGCGACCUGGCCGGGAUCAAGCGCAUCAAGACGGACCACCGACCCGUGAAGAUUACCUUCUCUGGCUGCCGAGGAGGUGGUGCUGAGCGCAAGUCCAUUGGCAGCUUGCUUCUUCCUGUGCGAGGACUUCCGGUACUUAGCACAACGGGCAGCCACAAUGGCGCCCAUCUGAAGAUGUUCUGGCACAAGCUCAUCUGCAUCAGCAGCGAAUUCCGCUCUCACAAGCCGGAGGUCCUGCUAAUGCUGGCUAUCAUCAAGAAGUCCAUCCUGCAUACCAAGGAUUUUGAUCACAUCAUGCAGUUCACCGAACAAAAAACGCCGCCUACGCCGCCGAUGCAGUCGCCCGGACACUCGAUAACUGCCAGCAUGCUCCAGUCGCAGGCCAACGUCUACGUGCAGUCGUUGGUGCAACUGGGCCUGCUGCAGGUGGGCAAUGAUCCGCUGAUCGACUGCGACAUUAUCGAGGUGGUGCUGCAGCUGAAGCAGCUGAAGAACGUGAACCGGCUGGUGAAGUCACUCAGCCAGGGAAAGGGACCCGGCUCGGUUAUCCUGGUGUUCGACUUUGUGGGCAAUGUGACCAACAUUGAGCUGAAGCUAAACGAGUCCGACUCCUACAUUCUCAACGACGUCCUUGGACUGCGUUUCAAGACAUCCUUGCGCAGCAUGCGACUUUAUUUCCAGCGCAUCUUCUACCUGCCCAUCAACAUGUACAUGAACGGAUCGGCGAUAGCCACUUACCGCAUGGACUUUAGCAAUCUGCUGCCGCCAGACAACUUCUUCUCCGACAAUCGAAAGUACACCUACAACGGCUCAUUUUCCUUCAAUCGAUUUGGCAGAACGGACAGCGCUAGGGAACCCAAACCGCCUCUGAUGGAGUACUCUUUUAGUGUGGACGUAAGGACAAUAUUAUCACGCCAGGGGCAAGAGGAAGCUGAGUCUACGCCUUCGAUCGCGAGCGGCGUUAUCAGGGAGUUGCCAAAGGAUCGACAGGAUCCUGAGGUCAUUUCACUAUCCCACGACACUGCCUCCGUGGCCAGUCUGAAUGUAGGUGCCGAGCUGUCAGUAUCGGAAGGAUCCUGCGGCACAGCUUCGCUGAAAGAAGGUGGCCUCGACUCCGAUGCUUCAGCGGAUCUUCAAAGGGCUCAAAAUAGGCGAAAGAAAUUUACGCGAUUGCAGGGUGAGGAACACAAAAGGGACAGCGAGGAUGAGCAGUUCCUAGACAAGACCUUUUCCGCUUUAGUGGUUCGUGAAGAUCUGAAUGGUAGUCUAGAAAAGCCAGCUGUUCGAAAAUUUAAAAAAAUGGUAAACCAGUCAGAUGAAUUCGAAACGGAACAUGCCGAUUUGUACGCUAGCAGAAAGUUCGAAAAGGAAGCAACAUCUCAGGGGAAGAAUAAAUUUGAAUCUACCAAGAAAGAGUUGCUCAGAGAAUCUUCCAAAUUAAAAAUAAAGAAGCCCAAAAACCACAUUCAACCUAUGGAGGAAAAUGAUUACGAUAACAUUGGAGAACUGACAUCCCUGGAACUGUUUGAGCAGGAAGAAAAAAGACAAGCAAAGGAAGCUGAACUGCAGUCUAUAAGAAGGCGGAAGAUCGAGGAAUCUUCAUCAAUGCCAAAGGAAAGCAAAGUACGAAAAACCAAAAAGCUGGACAGUGAAGUAUUACAAAAUGAAAGCAAUCUUAACAUCAUUGGUGAGGCUAUACCGGAAUCAUCAAAACAGACCAUCAGCAAGCCGAAAAUAAAACAAAACGUAAAAAAGGUGUCAAAAACAGAAUUUAAUGAAGUUUCCUUAACCCAUGAAAAUCAAUCUAAUUUAGGAAACCAAUUUGGUUAUGAAAAACAAUCAGAAAGUAAAGGAUUCGUGAAUGAUAGCUACGAACAGAUUGAUGAGGAUCUAGGUUACGGCCAUGUUUUUCCUAAGAAGCCUAAAGCCCCAAAGAUUAUAAAACCACAAGAAAUAGGUACCGAAAAAACCAAAUCAAAAUUAUUACUUUCCGAAGAAUUGGAAGACUUUGAGGAAAUAUCCACAAGUAGCCAGCAAACCAGGAGUCUCAAAACAUCAAGGGGAGACCUAGGCCUUCGAGCCCGUUGGGUAGAGGUUAAUAAAAAACAGACACAAGUUUUGGGUGAAACAGAACAGUUUCUGCAGGAGACCUGCCGUGCCGAGCUUGACGAGAUCCUCUACGAGGAUCAGCUGGCGCUCGGUCAGGAUAAGCCUUCUAAGCCCAAAAAGAAACUGGGAAAAUCCACGAAAGACAAGGUAAAAAGCAUCCAAUACGAAAACUCAAGUUUGGAGGAAAUAACUAUAUGUCAGUCUCAGGGGGAUCUGGGAAAAAAUAAGAAGAGGGCAAUGUCUGGCAACGAUCAGUUGCACCAGAUGAAAAUAGGGAGCUCCGAGGAAUAUAUCUCACUGUCGGAAAGCAAUUUAAGAUCUGCUGAAAUGAUCUAUUCAGAAGCAGCACAUCGGGAUGUCCGAGUUACUUUUACUCAUUCUAAAGAAGGUAGUGUUAAGAAAAAGAUGAGGUCUCCGUCAGACGACGACCACGUAAACCAGUUGUCCCUUCAAAAGUCCGAGAAGUAUACUCCAUCCGAGGCGAACUUAAAAUCCACUGAGAUGAUAUACACAGGAACCGAUCAGCGGGAUGCGCAAGUUAAAACAAAGAAGAGAGCUACUUCAAGCGAGGAGCAAUUAAUUCAGGUGGAACUCACUAGCUCCCAAGAAUUUAUCUCAAUAUCAGAGGGUAAUGUGAUGUCCACUGAGCUUAUUAAUCAAAAUUCUCAACCGCGGGAUGUAAGAGUCCUCAAAAAAAAGAAAUUAAAAAAGACUUUCAUCAAGGAAGAUCCUCAGAUUGAAACUCAAGAAGAGGAAUUAGUAAAGCCAGUCAAAAAGAAAGUAAUCAGAAAAAAAUCUAUAAUUUUUGACAACAUAGAACACAGCGAAAACGUAAAUCCACCUGAAGAAGUAGUAGAUGUUAAAAGAAAGAUAGUAGUUAUAAAAAAAUCAAAUCCCGUAGAUGAGAACCCAUUGAUUAAAGAACAUACAAAAGCCCAGAAAGUAGUAUCUCUAAAUUAUGAAAAGAAAAACAAUUCUGGAAGACAGAUCAAAGAUUUAAACACCUCUGAGGAAUUUGAUGACACGGAUCAGCUUACGAAUAUUUCAGAUUCAGUAGGUCAGCGAAUCAAGUCUUGGCGAAGUCAACAAAUGGAGUUAUUUGAGCAGGAACUGGCUAUCAAGGAGUUGAACUACAAAAAUCAAUUGGAGGAGAUGAUAAACCAAGAGUCUAAUAAGCACAAAUUGAUCAAGGAGCAUCCGAAUCUAGAUGAGACUUUCAUUAGCAAACAAACAAACUUACUGGGCGUUGACUAUGAGGCCAAAUUCGAGGAGCUGAAAGAGCACAUAGCCCUUUUAAAAUCGGAGAUGGAAGAUCAGGUGAGGCUUUUCGAGGAUCGAAGUGUGGAGCUGCGCCAGGAAAACCUUCAGUUGUCCACCGAAAAAACCGAACUUAAGGUUCGCCUAGCGGCCAUGGAACAGCAGAUCGAAGAUCUAAAGGAUCGAGGCUCCGACGAAGGCGAUCUGAAGCAGGUCCUUGGGGAACUGAGGUCCCAGAACAGCCGAUAUAAUAUUCUUGCCCUUGAGAAGGAACGCUACAAAAAGCGGUGGCGAAGGUCUGCCCAGAGGGUGCAUGCCCUCAAGCUGGCAAUGUACGAAAGGAAUGUGGAGAGGGAGCAUAACAUUAAAGUCGAUCCCAUUGACCUGAGGCAGAUCCUGACGAAGGACGCCAUGGAAUUCGAACGCGAGUACGGACAGUUCCGUCAGAGUGGCCUAUCUCCCAAAUUUCCCCUCGACUCAUUGUCAGGAUCCGGUGACUUUUCACAUCCAAACAAAAACUGGCAUCCGGCUUAAGAGAAAAUAUUUCCCUGAAUUUUACCAAAUUUACUGUGUACCUUUUUUUAUUUAGUUUAACUUAUAAGUUGUGUUGGCUUUUUUUGUACAAAAAUAUAAAUGUUAAGAAGCAAAA